GCAUGUUGAACAUCGAGCAUACUAUUGUACAUCCUAGUUUAAAUUCUUUGACGGAGACAGCUGAUAUUCUGUCGUUGAUGAUAUGAUUCGUUUAGCAGAUAAAAUACGUCAACGACAAAGUGGUAUUACAAGUUCAGAACCAGAUGCUGUCCAAUCAGCUUCUGUUCGUAAUGCUACUAUACGUGAUCGACUUGUUCUACAAGAAUUACAAGAGUUAAGAAACAAUUUAUCCUCCCAGUGUACAAUUCAUCAUCCAGAUCCAAAUAAACUUCAUGAAUUCACGUUAAUUGUACGACCUAAUGAAGGCAUAUGGGCUGAUGGAAAUUAUCAUUUUAAUAUUAUUGUCCCAGAAGGUUAUAACCAUACACCACCAUUGGUUCAUUGUACAACACAAAUAUGGCAUCCAAAUAUUGAUGAGGCUGGACGUGUUUGUUUAAGCCUUCUACGACAAAGUUCAUUAGAUUUUUCUGGUUGGGCACCAACAAGACGUUUACUUGAUGUUGUCUGGGGCAUUGAAUCACUGUUCUCUGAUUUAUGCGAUUUUAAUGAUGCAUUGAAUACAACUGCUGCUGAACAAUAUCUACGUGAUCCUGAAGCAUUUCAUGACACGGCACGUAGUUAUGUCUUCCGUUUUGCACGAUAAAUUUCAUUUCUUUAAUCUUGAUCUACACUUUGUUUCUUCUGGUCUUAUUAUUCCCAUAUUCCCACAUGUCUAUAUACACAUAUAUACGUAUAUGUAUUGCAAAGGAAGAAGUUUUUAAGAUAGUAUAUACUUCAUUUUAUUGGUGAUUUUAUUAUUAUUAUUAUUGUUCAGUGAUUGAGUGUUAUUCAUAUUUGUUUAUUUUGUAAACAAUAAACAUCGAAUCCUCCUCUCCCUCUCACUCCCGCCCCCCCCCAAAAAUGAUGAUUUGUGUUUCAAGUGAAGUUGAUUUAUUUGUCCGUCAACAAACAAAAUAAAAACCAUAUUAUUUGUAAUUUUUAUCACAUCCUGGGUUAUAAUAAAAAUUAUUCUUUUUUUCUUCUGUUUUCUUUUUGUUUGUUUGUUUAUCAGUUUUUUGUCAUUACUCUGUGCGUGUCUGUGUGUAUGUGUGUG